UGGCGGGGGCGGGCGGGCGGGCAGGGGGUGUCCCGGCCCGUGCCCACCCGAGUCCCGGCCCAUGUCCCGGCCCCCGGCACCCCCCGGCUCCCCGCGCCGUUUCGGGGCGCUCAGCACCGCGCAGCUCCGCGCCCUCCUGCAGGACGAGCCCCGGCUGCAGCGAGCCGCCCGCCUCAGCAGGAAGUUCCAGAGCCUGCAGCUGGAGCGGGAGAUGUGUUUGGCUUCCAACUGCAGCCUGGCCAAGGUGAACCUCUCCCUGCGCCCUCGGCUGGAGGAUGGGAAAGCUUCCUUGGCCAUCAAGUACCAGGAGCUGCAGGAGAUCCGGGAGCUGUGCUGGGACAAGCAGCAGCGCCUGGAGUUGUAUCUGGAGAAGUGGAGCCCACAGAGUGCCCUGGGACGGCUCCAAGCCAGACUCGAAGCCUCCGAGGCAGAGUCAGAGGCACAGGUAGAGCAGUUCCUGGCCCAGGACCUGCCUCUCACCUCCUUUCUGGAGUCCUUCUGCCAGAGCCGUACGCGCUCCCACAUCUGCCGGACACAGCUGGAGAAACUGCAGGAGCUGCUGCAGAAGGAGGGGUCUGGCAGGGACCCCGUGGGUCACCCAGAUGCCUUGGCUAGCUCAGCACCCAUCCGCCUUGCCCCACUGUGGAGCGGAGGGGUCCCCAAAGCCUUUGACCUCUCCCAAGGCUUCGUGCCCCCCUUCCCCAUCCCCUCAGAGGCUGCUGUGCCCUUUGCCAUGCCAGCUGCACCUCCCAGACACCACCUCCCAGCCCUGGGACAGCAGUCUGUACCUCCCUGCUCUGAAACCCCCCAGCCAGGCUCACCCCUGCACCCGGGGGGACACAUCCCCCCCCUCAGCCCCCAGCAGCCCCCACACCGGUAGCAGGGCAGGGACAGGGAGAUGUCCCUGCUCCUGGCCCUGUGCUGGAACCACCCUGGCUGGAGAGCAGCCAGUGGGGUGGGCACAGAACCAGGGGCUGUGGUGCCUGUUGGGCUGGCACAGGGGUGGGUGCUCACAGGGGGGUGGAGGUGGAUGGCUGGGGUUUGGGAUGGGCAGAGGGUCUUGGGGAGCUGCCUUGAAGGGGGGAGAUCAAGGAGCAGGAACUGGGGGUGGGUGGUUUGUAGGGAUGUUGGCGGGUGACAGCAGGGAAGAGGGCUCAGGAGCACUGGUGCCACGUGCUUCCUAAAUAAAGGCUCUUUUC